AUGAAAUUUGCUGAACAUUUGUUGAAAAAUCGAACUCCUGAAUGGUAUUCUCAAUAUAUCGAAUAUGAUGAAAUGAAACGAAUGCUUUAUGAGUCUGCAGCCGAAGCCAAACGAAUCAUCGACAUCAAUGAACAUUCAGCACGUGAACAAUAUAUUCUUCGUGCCGACGAAGAAUUUUUUCAGUGUUGCGAGAAAGAAGCAUCAAAAAUCAAUAAUUUCUUCGCUGAAAAACUUGCCGAAACAUUGCGAUUAUUUGAACCACUCAAAAAGGAAUUAAACAGGAUUGAACAAAAUCAUCAGUCUCAACAUGAUAUGAGCUCGACUAUAUUAAUUCUGGAUGAUUCCCAAGGUGGUGGCAACGGCAGAAUUAGGAGUGAUCGCACAUUACUUGCUCCGUUGUCUGCGCCGAAUUCCUUUCGAACAUGGCUAGGGCAAAUGAAACCGCGUAAAUCUGUUGAAACAAAACAAAAACUACAAAGAGAGCGAACACAAAAUCGUAAGGUCAAUGAACUUAAAGCAGCAUUCAGUGAAUUUUAUUUGAUGCUGGUCCUGUUGAAAAAUUAUCAAACACUCAAUUCGAGCGGUUUUCGUAAAAUAUUGGCAAAACACGAUAAAUUAUAUCUAAUGACAAGCGGUGAUGAAUGGUGGUAA